AUCAUCUAACGAUAUCUAAAGUCUAUAUGGAAUAACUUGGUUUGAUAUUGUAUUAGUUAUUUGAUAUUAAAUAUUUGAUAAUUAAUAUUAAUUUCACAAUAUGAUAAUAUAUGUAAUAUACGUAAUUUGAUAUUAAUGAAAUAAACUGAAUAAUUAUUAAGCUUUUGAAUAAUUAAAGAAAUUAUACUAGAUGUCUCUUUUGUAAUGUAUCUCGAAGCACGUGGAUACAAUCAACAUAACCUGCGUAGAUUUGUGUAAAGGAUUGUAUGACAGUUUGAAAACAGAUAUACGUGUAUUAGAUGUAUUUUAAUUAAACAAAAAAUAAAAUGAGAUAGUUUUAUUAAAUUUCGUAAUAAAAGAAUAGAAUUAAAGAUGGGCAGAAAACGGUUUAAUUGGAAAGCGAGAAAUAACGCAGAAGUUGAAAUUGACAAUUCUGAUACUAAGAAGAUUACUUUGGACAUUAAACACUAUGAAGAUAAUUAUGACAAUUGUAACCCAUUAGUUCUUCCCAAUGAAAAAAGGAAAACAAAAAAUAAAGUUAAGAAAGUCACUGUCACUAAACUAUUGUCCAAAAAACGUAGAAAACAGUUGGAAAAAGUUGUAGAGAAGAAAAAGAAAAAAUUACAAAGAGCUACACUGUUAGAAGAAUUAGCAAAAGUUCAAACAACACAAGAAGAGUUAAAGCAAUACGUGUCUUUAACAUCUCUGCAAACUAAAGGAUUAAAACGCUAUUUUAGGGAAGCAGAGUUACCUAUUAAAGAAUACAAUGAUAAUGGAAACAAUGACUAUGAAAAUGAUGACAAAGAGGAGUCAGUAAAUGCUAUCAAAGGUGCAAAGAAAAAGAGGUUGUCUAUUUUAAAGGAUGAGAGAAAAGUGAAAGCUGUGUCUGAUCCAAAUGUUGUUGGAUUUGAUGAAUCUAGUGAUUCAGAGACCAGCGAUAUAGAGGAUGAAUCUGAAAAAGAGGAACAUACUUCGGAAGUGACUCCUGAUGACAGCAAAGUUGUAGAAGAUAAUACAAAAGAAAAUUUUUCAGAGAAAAAGGAUGAGCCUACAACUAAUAUUAAUACAACAGAGGCUGGCCUUAAAGAAGAAGAUAAAGAAAAAGGAAAAGGAAAAGAACAAAAAGAAAAAGAAAAAGAAAAAGGAAAAGAAAAAGGAAAACUGGAAAUUCCUCCAAAUAAGGAUGUAAGUGUACAAAAGCCAGCAGAAAAGAAAUUUGUAAUAUUACAGAGAAAGCCAGAGAUUCAAGCAGCUAGAUUAAAAUUACCAGUAGUAGCAGAGGAACAAGCUAUUAUGGAAGCUAUUAAUGAGAAUCCAGUUGUAAUAAUCACUGGUGAAACAGGAAGUGGUAAGACUACUCAGGUACCACAAUUUCUUUAUGAAGCUGGUUAUGCUCGAGAAAAGUUAAUUGGAGUCACUGAGCCUAGGAGAGUUGCUGCUAUGUCUAUGAGCAAACGUGUGUCUGAGGAAAUGAAUCUCACAGAAAAGGAGGUUUCAUACUUGAUUCGUUUUGAGGGAAAUGCUACACCAGACACAAAAAUUAAGUUCAUGACUGAUGGUGUUUUAUUAAAGGAAAUACAAACUGAUUUUCUGUUAACGAAAUACUCGGUGAUCAUCUUAGACGAGGCACACGAACGAAGUGUAUAUACUGAUAUAUUAAUAGGUUUGCUAUCACGAAUAGUACCGCUACGUAAUAAAAGGAACAAUCCUCUGAAACUGAUAAUAAUGUCAGCCACAUUGCGGGUAGAAGAAUUUGUAGAGAAUAAGAAACUGUUUAAAAUAAAACCACCAGUACUAACAGUGGAAUCCAGACAGUUUCCGGUUACAAUACAUUUUAAUCGGAGAACGAGUGUUAAUUACGUUGCUGAUGCUUUGCGAAAAGCAGUAAAGAUACAUACCCGUUUACCAGAUGGUGGUAUCUUAAUAUUUUUAACAGGACAACAGGAAGUUAAUUUUAUAACAAGAAAGUUACGUAAAGCCUUUCCUAUAAAGAAUAAAAAAAAUCUUCAGAAAAAUUCGAAGAGUGUACAGGACACAGAGGAGUCUAAUGAGAGGAAAGAAAAUGCACAGAGCAAUAGUGACAAUGAUGACUCUGAAGAUGAAUUUUAUUCAAAGAAAACUCUACGUUCCAAUAAAUUGAGACAGAAAAAACAAAUUCAAUUACCAAAUAUUAAUUUGGAUGAUUAUGCUGUGAUUCCUACCGAUGACACGCAUGAAGAUUUAAUCGGAGGUGAGGAAGAUGAAGAUUUAAAUUUAGAUGAGGAUGAGGAUGAGGAUUUUGAUGUCAUCGAUUUGAAUGCUUGUUCAAAUGCACAACCACUGUGGGUCCUGCCUCUCUAUUCUCUACUGCCAAGCCAUAAGCAAGCUAAGGUGUUCGAAGCACCCCCCGAAGGCUGCCGUUUAUGCGUAGUAGCCACAAACGUAGCUGAGACAUCUCUCACAAUACCCAAUAUUAAAUAUGUUAUAGAUUGUGGACGAUGUAAAACAAGAAUGUAUGAUAAAGUAACAGGUGUGAGUACGUACAGAAUCUGUUACACUAGCAAAGCAUCGGCAAACCAGCGUGCAGGGAGAGCUGGUAGAACUGGUCCUGGCCAUUGCUACAGGUUAUAUUCUUCAGCAAUAUUCAACGAUCAAUUUGAGCAAUUCAGUCAAUCAGAAAUCCAACGGAAACCAGUGGACGAUCUGCUACUGCAAAUGAAAGUGAUGAAUAUCGAUAAAGUUGUCAAUUUUCCAUUUCCAACUCCGCCAGACACGGCACAAUUACAAACAGCUGAGAAACAACUAUUAAUUCUUGGCGCAUUGUGCCAACCCUUGCCCGGAAAGGAAGGUUCAUACAGUGCCAAAGUUACUCCUCUUGGUCAUAGUAUCGCCGCGUUUCCGGUUGCUCCCCGUUAUGGAAAGAUGUUGGCCCUGUCCCAUCAACACAGUCUCUUGCAAUACACUGUAUGCAUGGUUGCUGCGUUAUCUGUUCAAGAAGUGUUGGUGGAGGCGUUUGGUUCAGACAGAACCACCAAAAGCAAGUGGCUACAAAUGAGGCGUCAUUGGGCUGGAGCAGGGAAUAGUUUACUCCUUGGCGAUCCAAUGGUCUUGAUAAGAGCUGUAGGAGCAGCAGAGUAUGCUGGGACUAAAGGCAAGCUUCUCCCAUUCUGCGAAGAGCAUGGUUUAAGGCAUAAAGCAAUCGUAGAGAUUAGAAAGCUUCGACAGCAGCUCACAAAUGAAAUUAACUUAAACGUACAGAAUUUAAACCUAACGAUUGACCCACAAAUGAAACCACCAACUGAUAUCGAAGCCAAAUUACUGAGACAAUUAGUACUCGCUGGUAUGGUCAAUCAAGUCGCGAGGAAAGUAAUGCCAGACGAAGUGAACGAAGACCAAGACAAAAAUAAAUGGAAGCAUGCUUACAAAACCUUGGAAAUGGAGGAUCCUGUGUUCAUGCUGUCGUCGUGUGUUCUCCGUAAGACUAGCCCUGAAUGGGUGGUUUACCAAGAAAUAUAUGAGACGAAUAAAAUGUAUAUGCGAGGUAUCACAGCUAUAGAACCAGAAUGGUUACCUAAGUUUGCUCCCACCCUCUGUCAACUUGGGGAACCCUUGACUGAUCCACCACCAAGGUACGAUGCAGAGACUGGGAAAAUCGUGUGCAGCAUAACAGGAACGGUGGGAAAAGGCGGUUGGAAACUACCAGUGAUGACCAUGGAACAUCCCUUGUCCAUAGAAGGGGUGAAACAUUUUGCAUGCUUCUUUUUGGAAGGGAAAGUGUGCCCCAAAUUGGAACGAUUCGUUCCUUCGCUACUUUCAACGCCACAAAGUAUCAACAAGGCAUGGGCAAAAUUAGUGCCAAGAACGCAGGAAAUAUCCCAACUUUUACUGUCCCAUGCAAUCAUGUCGAAAGAAAAGUUAUUAGAGAUUUGGGAAACAGAUAGAUAUUUUCUCCUGUCGGCCUAUCGGAAAUGGCUACCGGAAUCGGCUCAUGGAGAAGUUGCGGCCAUUUGGCCACCUGUAUGAUAACUUGUAUAUCUAAAUUAUGCUUGUCAUGUGUUAUACACGUAUGCCUGAAUUUUGUAAUAUAUGAAAAUUUAAUACGACACACGGUGUACAGUAAAGCCUUACAAAAGCGUACAAUUCAACAAUGUUUAUUCAAUGAAAACCGCAACGAGUUGUAUAUUACGAAUCUGUGUGUAACGUAAUUAAAAGCUAUACGUCACUUUCGAUAAAUAUAAUGCGAAACUUUCCACUCACGUAAAUCAUAUUGAACAUGUGGCAGUUUUACAUCAUUUAAUGUCGAUGACAUUCGAUUGCCUAUAUUUAUCAUUUAAUAAAUAAUUGUCUUUUCCUAUAUUAUCAUUCUCAUUUUUUUACUAAUAGAACACUGUGGUGCAUGAAACGUGAAUGAUGGUAAAAGACAUAAUGAAAUAUUUACAAAUACUCGAAUUCUUGUAUAAAUUAAAAUUUGCGCAAGUCGGUAGUAUGUUAAAUGUUUGUUCUACACAGUAGAAGUUAUUCUUCUAUGGAGUCAAUAACGAUUUAACAAAUAUCUAAAAACCUGAAUCCGAUCACUCUGCCUUUACUGACUUCUUCUCCUUUUUCUUUAAUGGAUUCUUUUUACAAUCUCUAUAAAGAUUAUUCAAAUCAAAUGCUGCUUUUAU